AUGACUGAGUACAAACUUGUGGUGGUCGGGGCUGGAGGUGUGGGGAAGAGCGCUCUCACCAUCCAGCUCAUCCAGAACCACUUCGUGGACGAAUAUGAUCCGACCAUCGAGGACUCGUACAGAAAACAGGUAGUGAUCGAUGGAGAGACGUGCCUGUUGGACAUCCUGGACACUGCAGGUCAAGAGGAGUACAGCGCAAUGAGGGACCAGUAUAUGAGGACAGGAGAGGGCUUCCUAUGUGUGUUUGCCAUCAACAACACAAAGUCAUUUGAGGAUGUUCACCUCUACAGAGAGCAGAUCAACAGGGUGAAGGACAGUGACAGCGUUCCCAUGGUGCUGGUAGGAAACAAGAGUGACCUGAGUACCCGAACCGUGGAGACACGUCAAGCCCAGGAGCUGGCACGAAGCUAUGGAGUGCCAUUUGUGGAGACCUCUGCCAAAACCAGACAGGGUGUAGAGGAAGCUUUCUAUUCGCUUGUGAGGGAGAUCAGAAGAUACAAAGAGACCAACCGCAGCAACAAGAAGAGCAAGAAGAACACUCAGAGACGUUGUAUUAUACUAUAGCAAAAACAUGCACAUGUAGACACACUGCCAGCAUCCCUGAGAGCACUUGUUUCACACUGCCCCUUCCCCCCUUUUCUGUCACCAUGGAGACGUCCAGCAGCUCCAGACAGGAAAGCAGACGUGGCAAAAUCCAUUUUUAUUGCUGUGUCCACUUUCACUAAAAGUGUGUAGCCACAAGAUUUUAUAUUUGCUCCUUUUAAAGAGUCUUUCUUCAUAAAAUGUGCAUCAUUGCACUUUGCAUGCUCACAGCAGGUGAACUCAGCUAAAACCCCCAGAAAUCUUUUGGAACUUGUACUUUUUUUGUACAAAUCUCAUUAUUUGACUACCCGAGAAAAUAAGUGUCUUGAAUAUCUUUUUUUUUUCUCCAGUAAAGGCAUUCAUUCUAGAUAGAUUUCUCAUAACACCUCAAGGUUAGAAAACACAUCUUUUUAACAGAUGGUUAUAGCUUCUUCAGUUUGUAAAGCAAAUAUUUUUAUCUAGAAAAACGUUAUACAGGAUCUCUGCUGUUACAGAGCCUCACAAUUUUUCCAGACUCUCAGGUGCACUUUAUUCAUUUUUCUCUGUUUUAUUAAAGAGUUUAGGAUUACAGUACAUAGUUCCACUUUAAAAGUUUACUCAGGAAUGUGUUUUUAAAAAGAAAAUUAAUCAGGCACUGAAUAAUUACGGAGUUGUCAGAUGCUUCUAACCGCUUGACGUUAAUGUUAGAAAUCUUAGCUCUGUUGGUUCCACAUGGUAGCAUGGUGUUUGUCUAGUUUAAAUGCAGUUUUUACAUCAGUCCCAGUGUUUGUCGCAGUUGUCCGAGCACCGUUUGUUGCACGAUAUUAUCACAGGAGCAUGUGGUACUCUGUACAACACACUGAAGCCAGUGUUUGACUCAGUAUUAUCUGAUCAUGUGAUGCUGGAUACUCACUAGGGUAAAUUUUUAUUUUUUUUUUAAUCAGUGCUCACCCUUUCAUAAUUACUGUCACAUGAAAAGUAAUGGAUUGUUCAUUUACUAUUUUUCUAGGAGCUUAAAAAAGGCAUUCCCCAGUGUAAAAGCAAAAAUCUGUCAUUAAAUGCUGUUUGCAUAAUUA